AUGCGAAAAACGCCUCCAUUGCAGUCGUCCUCAAUAUUGACAAAUGAUCCAAUAGAAAGAGAAAAAUCAUUAAUUACGGUAACUAACGUGCAAAUGCUGACUACAAUAGAGGAUAAAAUUAACUCAAUCACAGCGGCCGUUGAAAGAUUAGAAGUAUUACAAACUCAACAAACGAGCAAGUUCGAGAAACUAACAACAAAAAUUGUCGAAGGCACGCAACAGUCGUUCACAACCAUCCAAGCUAAACCGAAACCUUUUCCUCGAAAAAAAACACUAUUACCUACCUAUUUGCCACCCAUCAAAGCUAUUGAAUGUCCUACAUUUAAACUCUGUCGAGAAUUUGUUUUAAGUUUAAAAUGGCCAAAGUCACUCUUUGCCACACAGCACGACAGAUGUUAUUGUAGUAUAUGCUAUUUAUCUAAUCAACCCGAUGUACUUAUAGCUGGUAGUGCAAAUUAUGUGGUACCACGCGAAUGGGCAGCGUUUGGAUUAAGUGUUGAUCCAACAUUGGCUGAUUGUCAUGACAUAUGGAGAACAUGGAUUGUCACCUACCACGGAACAUCCACUCUUGCUACUGAAUCGAUUCUCAAACAACGACAAUUUCUCAUUCCUGGAGACACUCUCAUUGAUGGAACUAGAUUAGCCGUCCGUCCAGGUCACAUACCUGGCAUGGAAUAUGUUUAUACAUCUCCUUCUAUUCAAUAUGCAAGUUUAGAUAUGUACAGUGUUCGUUACAACUUCAGAGCAUCAUCAGGUCAGCAAUAUCAAGCUAAAAUUGUUCUGCAGUGUCGUCAAAAACCUGGGACGUUCAAGAUCCAACGUGAAACGAUUGGGCAAGGUACUCGUCGUAUUUGUAAAUUUAUCUCAAAUGAACAAAUUGAAUAUUUAACGAAUUAUCGUUCAUCAGUUGUGCCAUAUCGACUACUGGUAUUCUUACGACCGAUGGGUGUUCUACCUGACCUUAUACGACGCACCGAUUAA